CAUAUUGGGUUUCCCGUACCUAGUUCUCGUUUCGUCUCAAAAUACCUCAUUACGUUUAAAAGUUAUGCAUAUCAAUAAGUAUUUAAUGACUUUUAUAUAAAUCUUAUUUAUUUAAUUAAAAUAAGUAAUUAAAUUGUGUUUAUAAAUAUGGUGCGCUUCGUGUGCUUAGUUUUCCUUGUUUUUAUAUUUACAAAACCAGCAUUGACUGCCGUAGCGGAUAACAGGAGUCCCUGCUUCGCAGAUGAGUUCUCCUGCAACGAUCGGACUUGCGUUAGUCUUGACGUGUUGUGCGACGGAGUAGCGGACUGUACGGACGGCGCGGACGAGCGUGCCUGCGACGGGAUAGGAAAAUUGGGGACUGACAGAUGGUACAGAGUGAAGCGUCAAGCAACACCUUGCCGUAAGAACCAGUGGCAGUGUCGCGAUCGAAGCUGCAUCAACGUCGACGGGAGAUGCGAUGGCGUGGUCGACUGUCCGGACGGAAGCGACGAAACUUUCCCACUGUGUCGGAAGAGUCAAUGCCAGAGCAACUGGUUCCGUUGCACGUAUGGCGCAUGCGUGGAUCGCACAGCACCAUGUAACGGCAGACAGGAGUGCGCUGACAAUUCGGACGAGCUGCUGCCGCGCUGUCGGAACCAAACACAAGUUGUCCGAGGGCAGUUCAAAUGUGCGAACGGUCAGAUGAUAUCGUCGGUUGGUCGCUGCGACGGCGCCAAGGACUGUAGCGACGGCUCGGACGAGACGCUGGCGACCUGCGCGGGGACCGCUUGCUCGGGCUACCUGUUCCAGUGCGCGUACGGGGCUUGUGUGGAUCAGGGCUCCGACUGUAAUGGGAUACAAGAUUGCGCGGACGGGUCGGACGAGUCGGACGAGCUGUGCAACAGGAACAGCGCCGGAGUCGAACCUGUGACCCAGCGGCCCGUCACACCACCACCCAGCAAACCAUCCCAAGGUGGUAACUGCGUGCUACCCCAGUACCCGCAGUACGGUACAUACACCGUGGCGAACGUGCCGGGCGCGGUGCCGGGGGAGACGUACCCCAGCGCGGUGCUCAACAUCACCUGCAUCCCAGGGUUCGGUGUGGAGGAGAACAGGAACACGCUGUGGUGUUACGACGGUAGCUGGUCCAACAACAUGCCCAAAUGUGUCCGUUUCUGCAGACUGAACAAGCACCCAAGUGUUGAAUACCGCUGCAUUAGCACCGGCGCCUUCAUCGGCUCCAGGGAGUGUGGGCCUCUGGAACCAGCUGGAACCGUUGUCCAGCCGUACUGCAGAACACCAAACUACUACUAUCCUGGUGUACUAUCCAACAUGAACUGCAUCGACGGCAGUUGGGACUACAUCGCUCAGUGCAAACCAGAAUGUGGCACCAUCACCCCCUUCGCCAAACCCCUCAUCAUAGGGGGUCGCGUGGCUAAGAAGGGGGAGCUCCCCUGGCACGCAGGAAUAUACGACAAACUCUACGAGCCCUACAUGCAGGUCUGCGGAGGCUCCUUGAUCUCAACGACAGCCGUCAUAUCAGCUGCCCACUGUUUCUGGACCGACACGGAGAAGAAGUUACCGGCUGCUAACUUCGGCGUGGCGGUGGGCAAGUUGUAUCGUCCCUGGAACAACCUCAAGGAGGAGGACGCACAGAAGACUGACGUGGCUGAGAUUAAACUGACCCCGCGCUACCAGGGCUCGGGCACCAACUACCAGGACGACAUAGCUAUAGUGGUGGUCGUGACUCCCUUCGUGUACCUGCCCUCCGUGCGUCCAGUGUGCAUCAACUUCGACGUGCUGUUCGAACAGCAGCAGUUGGCGCCGACCUCUAUGGGCAAGGUGGCCGGCUGGGGGCUGACGACGGCGGCGGGCGGCGCGUCGCAGGUGUUGAAGGUGGUGCAGAUGCCGGUGGUGGCCAUCGACGAGUGUCGCGCCGUGUCGCCGCCCAGCUUCCGCGUGCAUCUCACCAGCGACAAGUUCUGCGCCGGGUACACCAACGGCACAACACUAUGCCAGGGCGACAGCGGCGGUGGGCUGGCGUUCCCAUCACUAGAGCAAGGCGUAGAGCGACAUUACUUGCGCGGAAUCGUCUCAGUGUCGCCCGCAGAUGACAACGCAUGCAACAAAGAUGCACUAGUCGCGUUCACGCAGAUCACCAAACACGAGAAUUUCGUCAAACCCUAUCUGUAAUACGCAAUAUACUUGGUCUACUAAA